AUGGCGGAAAAGGCGGUUUGGGAAGUCAUCGGCGGCAAAGACAAGGGUGGCAUCGUCGUUCGUGAGGAGCAGAGUCUUAAGAGCAAGGAGUUGAAAGAGCGCCUGUCCUUUGCUUCGCUUGUGGAGCAGAUCGACUUGGUCGGAAAGCGCCUGCACUACAAACUCUUGACAGGAACUGGUCCGGACACGGGCUGGGUGAGCAUCAAUCUCGCGGACAAGGAUUUGCUCAGCUGCAUCCUGAAACCGCCCCCCCGACCUCCACUCUUCUGUGCCUGGUACUCAGGAGGCUUUUCUGUCAAAGACGGAGAGAAACAAUUAGAAAAGUUAAUGGAGGCAGUGCGUGCCUCCGGAGUGGCCGACGCCGCGAUUUUUCACUUCCCAGAUGGCUAUGGCUUGGAAGGUGAAGGGCGAAAGCCCUGGGCAAAAUACAUUGAUAGGGUGAUUGAUGAGAUCAACGAAGUGGCACAAGACGAAGAGCAGCCCUUGAUACUUUUCGGGCACAGCAGAGGAGCUUCUCCAGCUGUAUGUGUGGCAACCCGCCUGGGCUCCAGAGUGAAGCAUGUUUAUAUCGCGGCGUGCGGCGCGAUGCGCGAGGGGCAGGCAACUGCCUGGGAGAAUCUAAGUCUGUCCUUCAAGGGUGCUGGAGACCGCGAGCUCUUAACCUGGUUCAGCAGCCUUCAGCCAGAGAAUGUCGUUCUCAGGAGGGUAGCAAUAGAAACAACCGACGAGGAGUUCGUCGAGCAGGUCAAAGGCAGCAAGUUUCUGUCACAGAUGCUGUCCCUCAUGCGGCACCAAUAUCGUGAUGCCAUGUAUCCAGAUCCAGAACGGGACUUUAGAGCAUUUCCUGCCAACAUAACCGCCUUCGCCCCUCUUCUUGAUGAGGGCAGCCAGCCAGAGCACCUUCAGGAUUGGGCUGCCAUGACGUUGGGCAAGUUUCAGAACGUGAGUCUCAAUGCUGGUCACAUGGAUUGCAUCGCACCGGAUCCCAAGGGCAAGUGCGAGCUGUUUGACUUUUUGCGGAAAGACUUGAAACAGUACAUCAAGUAG